UGCAGGAAUACUACAUGCAGUUGCCUUACCCCACAUUGUCGAUGGGUAGGGGAGAGGAGGGAGAGAACCGAUGCUGUCCCGCAUGGGACCCAGCAGUGGAGACCAGGUCGCCUACCAGGGUAACUUUUCAGGUAAGUCAGUAGUCGGGCAAAAAAGAAUGAUGUGUACGUAUUUGCUUGCGGAAUGCCGUGUACGAGUUCACUCGGGACUUCGAAGCGGGAUCCGACCGCACGCAACGGUGCGAAUCGCGGCCGUACGAUCGACCAGAUGCGCAAUCAUGACCGUUCCCGCACACGGACCACCCUUCUUCCGUGCGCCUAUAAAUAGUCUCCCAAGUGCCUCGAGAAACUAAAUCGAAACCGGGGACGAAUAAGAAUCCGAUUAGGGUUAGGGUUGGGAUCGAUCAGCUCGCGGACCGGGGUUAGGGUUUCGUGGCGAUCGAUAGUCCAUCGAUUUUGUUCGAUUCCGUGGCGAACAGUGCUCCCCCCGUCGGUUUCUGAUCUCUGUUCCUCGUGGCAGCGACUGAAUCUAGUUGAUUACUUGAUCACUUGUGGAGGUAUCGAUGAACGAUCCGUCACAGAUGUUGAGCCGCGGUUUCGGGAUCUGGCCGCCUCCCUUCGCGGCCGUUGGCGGGGGCGGUAAGCCCGGCCGUAUGAGCUGGAAGGGCAAUAAGGCGGCAGUGGCUGGAGGAGUCGUCGGCCCGGCCGGCGGCAGUGUCUCCGGAUACAACCCUCUCGGCCUUGGCGAGCACCAGUUCCAGAACCGCGCUAAGGCCCGGCGGUUCUACCCCAAGAAGAAGUUCGUGCGCUUCGCCCCCUUCGCCCCUCGUAAUACGACCUCCUUCAUCAUGCGCGCCAAGAAGGCUGGCGGGAUCGCGUCGCUGGUGUCGCCGUGCCCCGUGACGCCGGCGAUCCUCCCGACGCCGAAGUUCUCGCCAACCCGUGAAGGCCUCGUCGAUAUGGCCAAGGAGGAGUGGGGCUUGGAUGGGUAUGGAUCGAUGAAGGGCCUGAUCCGGCUACGGUCGUCCAACGGCUUCGAGAUCAGGGCAGGAGGCGGAGAGGAGGAGGAGGACGAGGUCGCCGAGUUGUCGAGCGAGAGUGAUGUUGACCAGUACCUGGGUCAGCACUUGGAACUAGAGCGGCGGUUGGACCAUGAUGUCAGCCGAUUUGAGAUGGUGUACCCCUGGGCGGAACAUGGGUCGGGCGUCACCGCCUAUGUGCUGGAAAAUAGGAUGGAUAACCAGGACGCGCACAUAGCGAGGCUGGAGGAGGAGAACUUUACGCUUAAGGAGAGGCUUUUCCUGAUGGAGAGGGAGAUGGGAGACCUUAGGAGGAGGCUGCAGUUGCUCGAGACUCGAUGCCACCAGGGAGAGGAACACAAUAACAAUAGGGACACCAGGAACAUGAACGGGAGCACACACGAGGAGGCUUCAGAGAGUGAAGUGGGUGGGGAUGCGUGCUGAGUUAAACGGAAGGCUGGAAAUUAGCUUGUGCAGUGAGAGAUAAAGGUAGAAGAGAGGAGAGGAGAGGCGAGGAAAGGGUGGAAGUUUCCCUUAUGGGAGCAAGAGAUGAGGGGGGAUAGAGGAGGAAAGAAGAGAAGGGAGGGUCGAAAUGUUUCUUGUUAUAUGUACAUAUUAGUUUUUUAAUGGUAGGAACUACAAAAUCAUAAGAAAACUGUUGACUAUCUGAAUCUAAAAAUUGUUUCCUUUUCGAUGUUUA